AAAAUAACAAUUUGUGAUACUCUUUGAUAAUUGUUUAUCACGCUUAUUCUGAAAAAGAAAAUCCUUUCAGCGCUUUAAAAUUGCAUUAAAUAUAAACAUGGCCAGUGGAUAUAACAAUUUAAACGAUAUUUGCAGUUAUUAAAUGUUAUCGGUUAAUUUCUGAGCAACACCGACCGAUAAUUUCAGAGAAAGAUCAUGGCUAAAUCAUGCUGUGUAGAUGGUUGCUUUGCUAAAGAUGUGGUCUAUUUCAGAUUUCCGAACAGCCGAACUCAAUGCAAAAAAUGGAUUGAAGCUAUAAAUUUAACAAGUAAACCAUCUUACAACUCUGUGAUAUGCAGCGAUCAUUUCAGACCUGAUGAUUACGGAGUUGUCCGUGGCAAAGUAAGGUUAAAACCUAAAGUUGUGCCUAUAUCACAGAAUGAACAACAAAAUCUAAAUGUAACUACAAAAAAUAAUAAUUCAAAUAAAGAAAAUACCGAUAGUCUAGAUAACCAAAAAAUCAGAAAUUGCAAGCAGAAAGAAAAAACAGAGGAGAGAAAGAAUGUCGUGGAAGAUGUAAAUGGAGAUGAAAAGAAAGAUACGAGAGGUAAAAGAGAAACAAAAGCAAUGAGAGAAACGAAAGAAACCGAAGAUAUGAGAAAAAGAAAAGAUACAACAGAUGGGAAAGAUAUAAACGAUACCAGAGAUACGUCUUCUGAUGAUGACGAACCGCUCAGUAAACAUUGUUCCACAAGAGAUUCCUUAAAAAAAUUAUCAGAAAGUAUAAAGCAAGUUGAUUUAAAUUCAAAUACAAAUGCAUCGACGGAAAAUGAUAUAGAAGAUAUGUUGACUUCUUACUCUAUAAAGCAGAAUAAAAAUGUUACAGACAGACAAAUAGAUGAAUUAAAUAGAGAGGAAAUAGUCGGAGAAAAUGUAGUUAAUUUGUCAACACAAGAGAAUGAACCUGCACCAGUGUUUAUAGAAGUCGCUAUAAAUGAAGAACAAAAUAAUCGUGAUACAGGCAGCCCCCGAGAUUGCCUCAUGUUAUUGGAGAGUGUACAAGUUGAAUUGGAUCCUAAUGAGCUGAUGAUGUCAGAUUUAGAAGACAACGGACCUUGUGGUGAUCAACCUGAAGAUCCGAUCAGCUUGUUGACUUCAAGUGAUGAUGAUGACGUCAUCAUAGAGGAGCCACACAUUGACACAGUGGAGGUGUCAGAUGCCACAGACGAGGAUGAUGUACCGCUGGUGAAGUUGGUGCCGAAGACGGUGAGACUUCGCCCCCGGUGGCGGGCUCCGAAUCCCUUCUAUAGGAAAGAUACUUGGGGAAUGUAUCAGUACUUCUGUCCACAAUGUAACUACAGGACACCUAGUAAAUCUGAAUACAAGGUGCACACGAUAGAACACUCCACCGCAGUGUUAGUGUGCCACAGGUGUGCCUUCACGACAUCCAGCAAGGUGCAGUACACGAGGCACAUGAGACGUCAUAAAGAUGCAAGGCGUUUCAAAUGUCAUCUAUGUUCGUAUAAAGCGAAGUACCAAAUGAGUCUUGUGUACCAUUUGAAGUGUCACGAAAGUGUAGGUGACAAGUGUAUGUUCAAGUGUGAUAAGUGUGAUUACGUGUCAAGUGUUAAACGGUAUCUAAUGAAGCAUGUACUUGUGUGUAGUGCGAGGAAGAUUAAAUCUAGAAGACAUAAGAAGACUAAAAGUAAAGAGGUAAGACAUUCUUAGUAUGUUUACU